AUGCCAAUCACAGAAAUCGCUCUUCUUCGCGUCAAGAACCCCAAUAAGUACGGAGAUGCAAUUCUCAAACUCUUUCAUGCGGCUGAGGAACAAUGGCGCUGGUCACUAUACCCUAUCAGGGCUUUCCGCCAAGUGGAAGACCCGACGCUUGUGUAUCUCUUCGGCGGAUGGAAGUCCGUCGUCGCCCAUUUGGAGGACUGGCUCCCAUCUGCUCAGAACAAGGCUGCUUUGGAGUCCAUAAAGGAGUAUCUCGAGAUCGUGUGGAUGUUUCAUGUCGACAUUGAGCCUUGCAAGCACCUCGGAAUAUUGAACGCACCAUCCAUUGCGAUCAACAGAUACUUUGUCAAGAGGAGUCGAAAGUCAGAUUUCGGGGCCCUGUUCAAAGUGCGUCAAACUCGUCUCGAAGAGAUCGCCGACGAUCCUGACCCCAAUUUCACUGGAGGUUGGCGUAUUGACAAUUAUGGCGGUGACGAGGAAUUUUUUUCCUCAGCAAUUGGGAGGAUGCUGAACAACACGCCACGGAACUCGAGUCCAAUCGCGGUUACUAUAAGUUUACCGAAACGAAAACGAUUGUGGCCAAUGCUGAGAUAA